GCCGUUUCCUGUUACUAUUGUAUUACACUUCCAUGUUUUUCACCUCAAACAGCGACGGUAAUGUAAACCUCAAACGCCACAUCGCCGCCCUUGUGUGACUUGUCCCCCGUGUGCAGAGUUCGUUAACCGUCGCUGCGGCCGGCAGAGGUGCUGAUUCGGGGCAAACAUGGCCAACUGUGUGGCUUUCCAGAGCAAGCUAACCUCCAUCAUGGAGAUGCUAGCUAAAGCAGCCGUGGUGGAAAUCAGCAAGCUGUGGGAGGACGGCUUCGCUCUGGUCCAGGUCGAGCUGCGCCGGAGAGAGGGCGAAAUUGAAGCGCUGAACAGAAAGUUGAAGUUGAUGGAAAACGAGCGGUUGACGGUCCGGACUCAGACUGCGAGUAAGUCCAGGAGAGAGCAGCCGAACAAGCUGCUGCCUCCAGCCGGUGAGGGGCCUACAGUGGAUUCAGCUAACACCCUGUCUUCUGAUCAGAGCAUCAGAGAAAAGGCAGACACCUCAACAAACCACAGAACAUCACCGCCAGCUCAAACAGACGGCAAACAGACUGAGCAGCUCAAGCCGGACCUCUGUGAAAGUGAGGACAGGGACGACGAAGACUUAAUAGUCAAGCUGGAAGAUGAGGAUGACGUCCAGAUUGUGGAGCAGAUUGUGGACUCGGAUCCCAGCGUUACAGACGGAGCGGGUCAUCACGAGAUGGAUCUGAACCUCCAAUCUGCCGAGGUUGUGGAGGAACAAGAGAACCAGCAGUGGUUGUCUGUUUCCGUGGGAGACAGCGACGCAACGGACGACUCGGACUGCUUUUUUGAACCAAAGCAGCUGUCACAAAAUCUAGACUCAGAAAUCUUGCUUAUUCAAAACGCCUUGGACAUUUUUGAUAAUUCAGCAGAGACAGCGUAUUCUAUGAGGGACAACGGGACAGUUCAGGGUGCUUCGAGUAAAUCAAGGGCUCCUGUGACUUUUAGCCAAUCUCAGCCAAGUCAACCUUUGGAAGCAAUAAAUCACUCAGAGGGAGGAAUGUCCAUUAGAUUCCUUUCAGAAAAGCAACAACAGACUAAAAACAUGUCCGCUUUCAACCCGGACAGCAGGUUCUUUCUUUUAAACGACCCAGAGUUGCACAAGACCAUAGCCAGUCGCCGCAUCAAGGAGAAGUGGUACAUCUGCCCGUUCUGUGGGAAAAGCUUUGAUCGUAUCAGCCAUCUGGAGAUUCACCAGCGAAUUCACACUGGAGAGAAACCGUACACAUGCGAUAUAUGUGGCAAGUGUUUUUCUCAGAGGAGUAACCUUCGCACUCAUCAACGGACUCACAAAGAGGCUCUCACGCAAAAUGCAGUUUAAUUCAACAGAGUUUGAGGAUUGAGCUAUGAGUAUCCCAGUGGAAUUUUAUGUCUAGAUUAAUUAAUUAAAUCCUUUUUGUAUUUUGAUAUUACUGAAAAUGUAGCCAACGGAUUUUACUGUGCUUUCAUUUUUUUUUAGAUAAAGUAUAACUUUGACAUAGCUUGGAUUGUAACAAUUAGUACUUAUGAACUGUUUGUUAAUCGAGCCAGUUAAGAGAUUUAUUUAAAAACAAAAAAUAUUUAGGGACGUACAGCCCAAGUAUUUUAAUAUUGAUUUUGACAGGUUAUACACAAGGACACAUCUUGGUCUUCAGCAUUUGGCUGAUUGGAUGUGAGUCAGUGGACCAGAAAGAGUUGAAGAGGAAACUCUAUGCACAGUCACUGUAAACCAUCUGAUAGUUUUGUAGCAGUGCAAUUUUCUCACUUUUUGUCCAUUUUCAGAUUAAUGGUAAAAAAUCGAGCAGGAAUAGCAGCGCAAAUAACUGAACUCCUUCACCGGAUGGAAAGAUAUCGAGGAGAAACCAUGAGAAAUCUGACAAACUAGUUAACCGCAGUGUGUGAAGGAUUAAAAUAAGGAUAAAACUAAACCCCAGUCGACUUUGGUAGUCAUUACACUGUGCCUGGUCACUAGUGUUAUCUGAAAAUGUAGUGACCCUCCUUUUCCAAAGGAAAUGAUGCAUCAGAGCUGUUGUUUUUUAUUUCUGUUUUUUGUUUGUUUGUUUCUGGGUUUUUUUUAUUAGUAUUUCUCAAGUCAGCUGGCAUCAUCACAUCAAGUUUAUGGGUCAGUAAAACUAGGAAUCGUACUAAUUAGAAAAGAUAUAAUGAACAUUUACAACCUUCAGAAGCUUCAGUUUCUGCUUGACCAUCUC